CGUUCUUCUCAAAUGAUUAAUGCAUUCUGCAUAAUGAGUAGGACGAUCAUGUGGGGUGUAGAACGGUAGGUGUGGAAAGAAAGUCUAGGUUUUAUCAUUUUCUUCGACAAUCGUAUUUUUUCCAGUUCAGACAACGCAUUUGUAUCUGAGAUUGCUACUUUAUCAGUGCAUUAAAUAUUGUGAUUAUGAUGCGCAUAAAAUAUGUAGGGUAGAAUAGGAAUGGGGCUUAACCUGUCAAUUUUUUAUGAGCAUCUUUCUUCCUAACAGUCUUCAUCCUUGUGACUUUGAUUCAUGCAUUAUUAAAUCUCUCUUUACUCGCCCACUCGGAUACAUAGAUUUUCAUUAACAGUUGAGGUUCAGUACUGCUCAUAAACAUGGCCAUGACAAACAGACCUCAUGCUCUAAUGUUGGCCUUUCCCACUCAGGGCCAUAUUAAGCCCAUGAUGCAAUUUGCCAAAAUUGUGUCUGCCCGGGGAUUUCAUGUCACUUUUGUUAACACUGAAAACAUGCAUGAGAAAAUGUUGAAAUCUGGAUCGAUCCAGUCCAUGGGUGGGAUUAAUUUCGAAACUAUUCCAGAUGGCCUUCCUCCUCAGCACGGUCGUACCAGCCAGAUUGAUGAGCUCUGUAAAUCCAUCACAAAUAAUUGCUCUCCACAUUUCGAAAAGGUGAUAGAUAAGUUGAAUAACUCAGCAGAUGUCCCUCCAUUGAGCUGCAUUGUCUACAAUGGAGUUAUGAGUUGGGCUCAAAAAUCGGCCAAGCGAUUGGGAAUUCCCGGAGUAUCAUUCUGGACAGCCAGUGCUUGUGGCUUCAACAUUUACAUCUCAAUGCCUCUUCUUGUGGAGAAGGGAUAUAUUCCUCUCAAAGAUAAAAGCUAUCUCACUAAUGGGUAUCUAGAAGAUGAGAUCAGUUGCAUUCCUGGGAUGCCCACAUUGCGUAUAAAAGAUGUGCCAAGUUUCUGCCAUGAUCCUACUAAUUACAUGUAUGAGUUUGUAGAAACCCAAUGCCAGGCAGCUCUCUUGGCCGAUUUCAUGGUAGUUAAUACAUUUGAUGAGAUAGAGGGCUCAAUAAUAGACACACUUCGGGCCAGGAUUCCUGUGUAUAGCAUAGGCCCUGUUUUACUUUCUGUAGCAGAAGAAACAGAUGGAUUGUCUGCAAGUAUAUUUACUGAAGAAACAAGCUGUGUAAAAUGGCUCGAUAGUCAAGAACCUCAUUCGGUUAUUUUUGUGUGCUUUGGAACCAUGGCAGUUAUCUCUGAAAGGGAGCUUGUAGAGUUUGCAUGGGGUCUAGAGGCCAGCAUGCAACCAUUUCUAUGGGCUAUUCGUGCAGAUCUUGUUCGUGGGGCUUCCGCUGUGUUACCUGUAGAGUUAAUGGAGAAAGUGAAGGGAAGAGGUCUUUUUGUAAGCUGGGCACCUCAGGUAGAAGUGCUCUCACAUCCUUCUGUGGGAGGUUUCUUAACUCACAAUGGAUGGAACUCCACUUUAGAAAGCAUUUGUGCGGGUGUACCCAUGAUUUGUUGGCCAUUCUAUGCAGAACAACAGAUCAAUAGGACUUAUGUGAGCCAGGUUUGGAAAAUCGGGAUUUCGAUGAAUGACUAUGUGACAAGAGGAGUGAUGGAAGAAAUGGUGAGGAAACUGAUGAAAGGGAAGGAAGGGGAAGAAAUGAGGAGGAGGAGUGCUGAGUUGAGAGAUUCUUCCAUUAAAGCGGUCAAGAAAGGAGGAUCUUCUUACAAUAAUUUGGAGAAGAUUUUAGAGGCGAUGGAAGGAAGAAAGGAUAUAUGAUUGAUCUAAUUUAUUUUAGAUUGCUUGGACAUUUUUAUGAUUAUGUAUUAAUUUGUGUUUGAUAGUUUACAAUUUA